GCCUUCCCAACUAGUUCGUCCUCAGGCAGGAGUAGCACUCCUCACACUUUCGCCCUGCUUCUAGCAUUCCAGUUCCAAGUUUCCAACCCAGCCAGAGCUCCAAACCUGUGUCUCCCGAUUACCUACCUACCGCGUGUGAUCUGAGCUGGGAAAGGAAGCGUCUUGCCAAGACUGGUCGGUUCCUCUUGUUGGUGACGAACCCUGGUUUCCUGCAUCGUCCUCUCUUUUCUCAAAUCUCUUUCCUAAAGUUAAAAAUUGCUCUGUUUUUCCUUCACUGCGAGAAGCAAUUUGCCCAGGCAUCUCUCCUUCCCUGCAGAUUUGUUUGCCGCGCUUUCCAUUUUCUUCUUGGAAAGGACCGAGGGAACUAGUCUGGACUCUGGAGCUGGAGUGAGAAGGAAGAUCUGGGAAACAAGAGAAAGCAGGCCAAGAACAGUCUGAAGCUGGAGUGUGAAGAACAGGCAGAGAAAGAAGGCUACACGAUGCCAGUUGUAGAUUUCAUAGAAGUGAGGGAUGAUUUUAUUGACUUGACCAGCGACGAGGAGACUGUUCAACAGGAUAACAUUGCAACUCAGCCCCAGGCGACGUUGCUGGAUAGGCAGGCUGUGUUUGUCGUAGCUGAUGAAGAAAAGCAAGAUGGGCAGGCUGCAUUUGUCUCUGCUGGUGACGGAAGUCAAGAAGCUAAUGAAUCUGGAAAUGCUCUGGGGGCUACCACAUCUCCCUCAGUUAUGGAAAAAGCGCUUCUGGAUAUGGCUCAAUCACAGAAUUGUCCUAGCUCCCCAACAUCAGCUCCACUCGCCAGCCCGGCUUGUGCCACUCCGAAGGUUCUGUCCUCUGAAGUUGGUCACCCAAAGCAGGAUGUGUUUGUCCUAGCUGGCGAAGGAAGUCAAGAUGCGCAGACUGCAUUUGUCUCAGCUGGCGAAGGAAGUCAAGAGGAUACCGAGUCUGCAAAUGCUUUGGUAGCUACCGCAACACCCUCGGCCAUGGAAGAAGUGCCUCUUGAUACGGCUGAAUCGAAGAGUUGUCCUAAUUCCCCAACAUCAGCACCACUCCCCAGCCUGGCUUCUAUCACUCUGAAGGCUGUGACCUCUGAAGAUGGCGACACACAGCUGGGAGCUACCGUAUUGCCCUCGGGUAUGGAAAAACCGCUUCUUGAUACUGCUGAAUCAAAGAAUUGUCCUAACUCCCCAGCAUCAACGCCACUCCCCAGCCUGGUUUCUAGCACUCCGAAGGUUCUGACCUCUGAAGAUGGUGACACACAGCUCGGAGCUACUAUAUCGCCCUCAGGCCUGGCCUCUACAACUCCGAAGGCUCCGACGUCUGAAGAUGGUGACACAAAGCUGGUGAGAGCGAAACAUCCUAAGAAGAACUACCAUGCAAGUACUCCAAGGAGAAGCCCUAGAUUGCGCGAAUGUGGUAACAAUUCUGUGGAAGAGCUGACAACCGGUCACAAGAGGUCUCGCAUGCUGAAGCCAGCAGAAGAAUUGGCUGCCGCUAGUGACGAUGCAGAAUCUACAAAGACCUUCUCUACUGAUCACAAUGCAAACUAAGUUGGUCGACUGAAUAUGGUCCUCCAUGAAACUGUCUAACUGUUGUAGCUUUUAAUUUGUCGCAUUUAUGGAACCAGUGUUGUUGCUCUAGUUUGUCUCAUCCGUAUCAGGAACCACUAUUGUUGCAUUCUAGCAGGGUGGGAGCUCGUGUUGCCCCAUAUAUCUCACAUUUUUAGGUUCCCUUUGUCUUUGACCACCUGAGUAUCUUGCAACGUAAUGUAUCAACAGUUUACUAUGUACCUUGGUCAUCACUUGGUUAUCUCCAGAUGCUUUAUUUCUUCAGAAGUUUCUGAGUA